AUGCAUGCUUGCAUGUACAUGGGCAUGCAUGUGUUUAUUCUCAACGAGAAUGCCUGGUGGUUUGGAAAAAAUGCUUACAAAGAUGCUCAGGCCUGCGCAUUUCUUAAGUUUACCAAAAAUCUGUCUCCUGAUAAGAUAAAUCUCAGUACUUUAAAGGGAGAAGGUCAGCUGACAAAUUUAGAGUUGGAUGAAGAAGUUCUCCAAAAUAUGUUGGAUCUGCCGACCUGGCUUGCUAUCAACAAAGUCUUUUGUAAUAAAGCAUCUAUUAGGAUACCUUGGACAAAAUUGAAAACACACCCAAUAUGCUUGUCCCUGGAUAAAGUAAUAAUGGAAAUGAGCACAUGUGAAGAACCCCGACUCCCUAAUGGUCCAUCACCUAUAGCAACUGCUUCAGGACAGAGUGAAUAUGGUUUUGCUGAAAAAGUAGUAGAAGGGAUUACCGUUUCUGUAAAUUCUAUUAUCAUCCGAAUUGGUGCCAAAGCAUUCAAUGCUUCAUUCGAGCUUUCCCAGCUAAGAAUAUAUAGUGUAAAUACAAAUUGGCAGCAUGGAGACUUGAGAUGCACUCGUAUUCAAGAUGUGCAACGUGGAGAGAUUCUGACAUUUAAAGAAAUUAAUUGGCAGAUGAUCAGAAUAGAAGCAGAUGCUAUCCAAAGUUCUCAUCUUGAAAUCAUGAGUGCUCCAGUUCGACUAAUAACUAACCAAUCAAAAAUUAGAGUCACACUUAAAAGAAGAUUAAAGGACUGCAAUGUCAUAGCUACAAAGUUGGUGCUAAUAUUGGAUGACUUAUUGUGGGUUCUGACGGAUUCCCAGUUGAAGGCAAUGGUACAAUACGCAAAGUCCCUUAGUGAAGCUAUAGAAAAGUCGACAGAACAGAGGAAGAGUAUGGCUUCGGAGCCUACCCAGAGCUCUGCUCCAGCUCCAAGUUCUCAUCAGGUGAAGACCCCGCAAACAUCAGCUGUGCCUGACCUCAAUGAUACAAUUGCAAAAAUCUUCAAUGAUUUUGAUGUUAAAGAAACCUCUCAUCACUUAGUAAUUUCUCAUCUAGAUCUGCACAUAUGUGAUGACAUUCAUGCUAAAGAAAAAGAGACUAGUAGACGCAUCACGGGAGGAGCCAUGCAGCUCUCUUUUAGUCACCUAACUGUUGAUUACUAUCCUUAUCACAAAGCAGGAGACAGUUGUAGUCACUGGAUGCAUUAUAGUGAUGCCACCAAGACCAAAAGUGGAUGGGCCAAAGAGUUGUUGGAUGAGUUCAGCUACAACGUUGAAAUGCUUAAACAGGCUGUGAAGGAUAAUAAUGUUGAUUCUCCUCCCAAAUCCCCAACACAGGCUUCCCCUCAGCAUGCCCCAACAGGGAAAGAAUCAGUGCCUAAAGGGAUUACUAGAACUCCUUCUAUAUCAUCUCUGCAAUCAAAAGCUAAACUAAUGUCAAGUUCUGUGGUGGUUAGACUUGCAGAUUUCAAUAUAUACCAGGUUUCUACAGCUGACCAGUAUCGAUCUUCUCCGAAAACUAUGAUUUCCUGCAAUAAAAAAUCCCUCUAUCUUCCACAAGAAAUGUCAGCUGUUUACAUAGAGUUCACAGAAUACUACUAUCCAGAUGGCAAGGAUUUUCCCAUUCCAUGUCCCAACCUUUAUGUCCAACUGAAUGCACUACAGUUUACUCUGGAUGAGAGAAGUCUUCUCUGGUUAAAUCAGUUUGUGUUGGAUUUAAAACAAAGUCUCAAUCAGUUCAUGGCCAUGUACAAGUUGAAUGACAAUUCAAAGUCUGAUGAACACGUUGAUAUUCGAGUUGAUGGAUUAAUGCUUAAGCUUGUCAUUCCCUCUGAAAAGAAAUCAGAAUGCCAUCAAGAUCAACCACGUGCAGUUUCUGUUCAGAGUUCUGAAAUGAUUGCCACAAAUACGAGGCAUUCUCCAAACUGCCGACACUCUGAUUUAGAAGCUUUGUUCCAAGACUUCAAAGAUUGCAAUUUUUUUAGUAAAACAUAUACCAGCUUUCCCAAGUCUUGUGAUAAUUUUGAACUCCUACAUCCAAUCUUCCAGAGACAUGCUCAUGAACAAGAUACCAAGAUGCAUGAUGUUUAUAAAGGAUACGUUACUCCCAAGCUAAAUAAACAUACUCUUAAGACAUCAGCAGCUACUGAUGUCUGGGCUGUGCACUUUUCACAGUUUUGGAUAGACUAUGAAGGAAUGAGAAGUGGGAAGGGACGGCCAGUGAACUUUGUUGACUCUUUUCCCCUUUCCCUCUGGAUUUGCCAGCCUACCAGAUUUGCAGAGUCCCAAAAAGAGUUCCAGUAUUGUACCCCAACAUCUUUAAACAUUUCAAAAAGUGACUCUAGUGACCUGGCUAGUCGCCUCAAACGCAAAAAACUCCUCAAGGAAUAUUACAGUGCAGAGUCUGCCCCUCUGACCAAUGGGGCACAGAAUGCGUCUCCCUACGAGGCCUUCUCUGCUUCCCUUCCUCCCCAUCCUUCCCCAGAUGCUGAUCUUCAUGUCUUGGUUCACAUCCAGAAACAUGUCAGUAUGCAGAUCAAUCACUACCAGUAUCUGUUCUUGCUUUUCCUCCAUGACUCACUUAUCCUUCUUUCAGAGAACUUAAGGAAGGAUGUUGAAGCAGUGACUGGCAAACCUGCCACAGAGGCAUCUAUUUGUGUUGGGAUUUUACUUAAAAGUGCGGAAGUUGCUUUGCUGCUCCACCCAUUAGAUCAAGCGCAUUCAUUUAAGUCUCCCCUCUCUGAAGGCCAAGGCCCAUUGGUCCCUGAUGAUUCACCCUUGGACAGUGGAGAAACACUGAAAUCCAAAAGGAAAUCUGUUCCUGGUGUAACAGAUCAUGUUAGGAGUUCAGGAGUUAAUUCUAUGGCAGAUAAUCGGUCCAUGAGUGUUGACCUUAGCCACGUUCCCUCCAUGGAUCCAUGCCUUUUUAAAUCAGCCAGUGAUACAAAUCUACAAAAAGGGACAUCUUUGGAAUCAUCUGAUAAAAGCUUAGGGAAGAUAACUGAAGAUGAGGGUAUAGGACUUGUUUACAGAAGUGGAACAGAAGAAGUUCUUACUGAAAUAAGGGACAAAAACUGUUCGUCUUCUACAGAUUCACCUAAUGUCUUAGACAGCAAAGAAGAUAUGAGAACUUUGUUAAUCAAUAAAGAUGAUGAACAAAAUAUAUUUUCAAAUAGUUUAAUGGAUAAAGCAAAUGGAACCACAGACUCUUUGAUCCCAGAAAUUGCUUUACUCUCUCAGGAACAAGAGAUAAAUAAAGAUCAGGCUUCCACAGCUAGAGUGUUUACAUCCCAGUCUUCUUUGAGUGGAAAGCCUAAGGAACGCUGCCCACCCACUCUGCCUGCCUUCUCUGUUUCUUAUAAGAACAUGAAGAGAAGUCCAUCACAGGUCUCAUUGGAUGCAAUUUCAAUUGACAGCAUGAUGCUAGAAGAACAACUUUUAGAGAAUGAUAGCCAUGUAUUUUUGGAAAAAGGUAUUGAAGAGAUCUCACAUAUGAAUUACCAGUGCCCAUUAGAAAAUACCAGUGUUGGUGCAAAGAUUCAAAAUUGUGCAGAGUCCUCUCCAGAUGCCGUCAGUACAAAUUCAGAGAGUGCUCAAGAAAGUCAUGAAGAAAUGAUGUCAGUUGUGGUGUUUAAAAUCACUGGUGUUAAUGGGGAAAUUGAUAUCCGAGGAGAAGAUACUGAAAUCUGCCUUCAAGUGAACCAAGUGUCUCCCAGCCAACUAGGCAAUGUCAGCAUUCGGCAAUAUUUUUGCAAUCGUCCAGUAGUUUCAGAUCGUAAAGCUGUGACUGUUACUGCCAAGUCUUCACCUGAGAUUACACUGAGAUUUGAAAGUGGUCCUAGUGCUGGGAUACAUUCCUCACUAGCUGCAAAAACCGGAUUUCUGCAGUGUCACAUAGAAAAUUUUAGCACUGAGUUUUUAAUGUCUUCUUUGAUGAAUAUUCAACAUUUUCUGGAAGAUGAGACUGUUGGGACAGUUAUGCCAAUGAAAAUACAAGUUUCCAAUUCAAAGAUAAAUUUGAAAGAUGACAGCCCACACAGUGACAUGGUAGCCCCUGGCUCAGCCCCUGUGAUGCUACAUAUUGAUCACCUGGUGGUAGAGAGACAAGACGAUGGCUCUUUUCAUGUCAGAGAUUUUGGAAUACCAAACACCAGAAGUAUAUUAAAAGAUCCAGUGCAUCAGACCAUUGGAGACCACGGACUGAAGAACCAGCAGGCCACUUCUCAGGCAACUCAGACAUUUCCAGAAGUGCCUGAGCAUGUUGUAGACCCAACUAGGAAAAAGCUUAUGGAAGAAAAUGAAGGUCUUAAACAGGAAUUGGCUAAAGUUAAAAUGGCCCUUGCGGAGGCUCUCAUGGAAAAAGAUGCCCUGCUCCACCUUCUCAAGAAGAAGACCACUGAGCCCCAGGAGUGAGACGGCCACUGAACAAGCAUGCAAAAGACAAGGCAGGGGAGGGAUCCAGGGAGCAGGGAAGAGAGGGAACAAUGGAGGGAGGGAGGGAACCAGUGAGCAAGCGAGGGAGUGAGCCCUUGGUUGAAUGCCUUGAAACCAGAGGGAAUGCAAUUGCAGGGUGGGACUUUCCUGAUUUGUUGAGGGCUCUGGCUUUUUCUUGAAAUGUGCAGAGAAGGUGUAAUGGGAUGAUUGUUCCCAAACCAUUUUUACAAAGGAUUAGGUAUGAACAUUGAAAUUGUUUUCAUUUUGUUUGUUCUUACUUUGUUCCCUUUUUCACAAACAUGAUCCAGGGAAUUCAGUACAUAUUGUAAAAUAAUUGCAUACUUAAUGAAAAAAAUCAUCUCCUAGUUUUAAUAUUGUAGGUAAUAUUUUUUAAAAAGAACAACUUGAAUAUGUAUUCUGUUAACAUGGGUUGCUGAAUUUAUUCCCCCCAUACUAUUUGUUAACAGUGCUGUUAUAUGCAAAAAUUCAAAUAUUUUAGUGUUAAUGUAAAAUAAGGAGAGGGAGCUUUCUUUUUCACUGUUCAUAAAAUAAUGUAUUUAAAUCAAUAACUGGUUAAUGUAAAAAUAAAAGACCAAUCAGAUGAUACAUUGUAUAAUAUUACUGUUUAUAAAUCUUGGAAAAUCAUUUCCCCUGCUGAACUUGUGAAGUCACAUGAAAAUGUGAAAGCCAUUGUUUGUGAUGGCUGAGCUGUGUAACCCAAGCAAUCUCUUGCAAUACAAGGAUGGUACCAAUGUAUAAAUUUAAAAAAGCACAACGCUGUACAAACCAGUGAACUCUUAGAGUAUGCUGCCAAGUGAUUUCAAAAUCAGAACUUGUACAUUCCUAGGAAAAUGUAUUGAUCAAAGCAAAUAACUGAAUGUAUCUUGUUAAAUUUGGUAGCAAAUGCUUGGCACAGGACAUGUUUUAAUGAAUCCUCUGUAUGUACUUCCUUCCAUCUUGGGCCUAAGCAUAUUGGAAGAGUUUUGUUUUCACUCACAGAAGGUAAUUUUGCACAAUUGUUUCUUUGAUACCCAAUUAGAUGGGUGUUUACACAUUCUGAAUUUAUAAAGUUGAUUUUGAUUAAAACUUUAUGUGAAAUAUCUA